AGAGAGAGAGAGAGCUCUGCGCGCGCUCUGCUCGUCAUUAAGAGUCUCAGCACCCACCGCGCGCUUUCUAUGUGGAAACUUUCAAAAAAGGAUUCUUUAUAAACUCAUCACCUUCAUGUCGGCACUGCUGAAUAUUUCCUCACCGAUGCUAUGGUUACCUUUAUUACGAUCUUACAGGUGAAUCUAGUGAUGUCCAUCUUGCUGUACGUGAUGUUCCUCGCGUACCUCUAUGGUAUCUCAGCCUCUUCGAUGGACAAGCAGCAGCCGACACAAGAUCCCAUCAAUGCGCUCAUUAUAAAGCUUCUUCAGGCCGACAUCAGUCGCAGCCGACAGAAAAAGGAUGAGGGAACCCUGGACGCACGUCCAUCCACCACUUUGAACACACCUGCAGUGACCAACUACAAGGAGAAACUUAGCUCACCCACUUAUGAGCCAGUGACGGAUAUCUCCUCGGAACUGCUACGUCAACACAAACGUUACAACUCACCGCGUGUUCUACUAAGCGACCGACCACCUCUGCAACCCCCGCCGCUCUACCUCAUGGACGACUUUGUAAGCAGCCAGGAUGCUAAUGGCAGCAACAAAACACGACAGAAACGCUACGCUGAGCACAAGAGCUACAGAGCGGAGUAUUCAGUGUGCGACAGCAUGAGUGAAUGGGUGAAUCGGACCACAGCUGUGGAUAUUAAAGGACAGCAGGUCACCAUUUUAGAGAACAUCAAUGCAGGACGCGCAAACCUCAAACAGUACUUUUACGAGACAAAAUGUCGGACGGAUAAGCCCUUUAAGGGCGGCUGCCGGGGUAUUGACGAAAAGCACUGGAACUCACAGUGCAAAACCACGCAGACUCAUGUGCGUGCCCUCACUCAGUAUAAAUCCUGGGUGGGUUGGCGCUGGAUACGGAUAGACACCUCGUGCGUGUGCGCACUCUCGCGUAAACACCGCAGGACGUGAAAAACACGCAAACCGACAUAUUGUGCAACAACUCCACUGUCUUUCUAUUUUUCCCUGGGGGGGGGGGCUAUAAAUAUAUAAAUUAUUAUUUAAGUUAUGUGGAAUGCAUAUAGUUUAUACAUGUCUGUGUAUAAUGUAUAACAUGCUUGUUAUUUAUUUUAGUCGUCUGCAAAGGAAAAUCUUAAAAAAAGAAAGAGACUUAUCAAGCAAUGCCACUAAGCUACAGGAGCAUUACAUGGUGAAUCUAUGUGCCUUGCUCAAGUAUCAGAGUCAUACGACAUUGGGAACAGUUGCAAUGAAAAACAGUCAAUAUCAUAUUAACUUCAGUAUUGUUCAAGAAAACCAGUUUUUCUACAGACACAGGCUGCCAGUAUAUAGUAUCCUCUUCAUGUCUGGGGAAUCAAAUUACAGUCGAGAUGUUGUCGUAUUUUUUAUGCAAAAUAAUAUGUAAACAUACAGUAUGUGUAUUUGAAAACUGCAUGAAAUACCUAAGAAAUAUAUAUUUUUCUAUCACUCAUAUUGUACACCGUGAUGUUAGUGGUUCGUACAGAACACAAAGACUGAUGGACAAAUCAGCGAAUUACCACUAGCAACACAAACCACUUUGUAUCACUGGAAUAUUUGUCACAUGUCACAAUCCCAGCAGGAUAAUGAGCUCAGCACCAAAACAAAAAACAAAACAAAACAAAACAAAAAAGCAGACCAAAAAGUGAUAUAAAAGAUUUUUUAGAGUUCUACUAAUUCUUGUGAGUCUGGACAGUAUUUGUUUCUAGUUUUGAUGGUCGACUAAGAGAUGGCCUUUUGAAAGUUCUUAGUAUUUAAAGGGAUAGUUCACCCAAAAAUAUUAAUUCUGCCAUAAUUUACUCACCUCAUUAUUCUAAACCUUUAUGAUGCCUUUUCUUUUAACAUGAGGAUGAGUAAAUUACAGAGUUUUCAUUUUUGGACGUACUAUCCAUUUAAGCUAGUGCAGUGUUGGUCAGAUCAUUCACAACAAAGCACCAAUCAUAAGCUGUUUUAACAGCUCAGAGCAUGUCCAUUUUAGAAAUGUUAUCACCUUUACCAAGUAUGGCACUUGCUGACAUAGCAUAGCAGCAAAGACGUGAAUUAGUGUGAUUACAGCCCAGCAAUGCAGAGUAGGUUAAAGUGGAGACAAAGCAGCACUCGUUGUCUCUGGUUCACCAUUGUGCUGCUUAUUACUCCUGAAAAUAGCUCCUCAACAGAUGGAGGAAAGACUCCUCCUACUAGCCGCACCCUUCUCAAAAGCUCCGCCCAGCCUACCAGAGACCAAUCUGACCACCACGCCCAACUUCAAGAUGGUCAGACCCACCUAUUUUCAAUUGUACACCACAAACAACUGUAAAUUUAGUGUAAAAAAGAAAAGAAAAGAGUAAACCAACCCAUGGAUGAAUAACAGUUAACAAGAGGACAACAAAAUGGGCCAUUGCUAAUGACACUGUAGACUUACACAGAGGUAAAGCUGCCUUAAGAUAUUGUACAUACGUGCAGAGCUGGGAUUUGAACAUGUAAUCUCCCCCUUAAGAGGGUUUCCCUCUUGUCAGACUCAUCUUAGGAGAUAAGCAUUUCGCCAGUGCACUAUGAAAAUCUUUUCCCGCUAUAAGUUUAUAUAAGGAGACCCACUCAAACAUUAGCAUGCUAGGAAGUCAUGAGACAAGGGAUUUCUGUGCAUAAGAUUUAAAGUCCUGGAAGGUUCCAUCUGGAGUAAGCUUUUAUGCAAAAUAUGUCAGUCUGUGAAACCAGGGACUCAAUUUAAGAUAUGUAAGAGUACAUUAUAUAUGGUUUUUUGUUUUGUACUGGUGCACAGUAGAUAUUAUAUACCCAAGAAAACUCGUUUGUGAAAGGCGUAGAAAAAAAUAGUUUGCGGUCAUAUGAAGAGCAAUUUAAAUGGCUAGGCAGCAGGGUAUCGGUCAGUCACGGCUCGACAUUUAUUCAAGCUUAUCUUCGGGCGCAUUACCCAGGUCACUUCUGAUUGGACAAACAGCCCAAGUCUCUCCAAAGAGUGUCACAUAUAACCUAAAGUGUUAAUGGUGUUAUUUUAGGUCACUUUCAGAACAUAUUUAUUUAUUAGCAGGAUAUGCUAGAAUUAAGUCAAUAUGCUGCUCUACAAAGGCAAAAUGCAGUAACUAUGGCAACUAUGAACUGAGCAAAAUGGCUUCACAGUUAGCCAGUUAUUUUGCUAUUUUAACACUCUCUGAGCAUAGUUGAGCCAAACACAACUGGGUCUCAUAAAAUCAUGUUACUGUACCUACAUUUUUGCAGAAAAUAUUUUUAUGUGUCUUGUACGUAUCUCGGUGAAAUAAAUACUAGAGGUGCUACAACAACAAUGACUUUUAUUCCCUUUAACACAUCACAAGUAAAACGGCAGAUUAUCAGUUCAUAAACACUUUUCUCCCUGUUCCUCAAACAAUGCUGUCUUAUGACAUCUAAACACUUUUGCUAUAGUUUAUGACUUGUAAGGCGAUACAUUUUGGCUUUUGCAUUACAUGACCAAUAACAUUUAAAAGCUUGUUUAAGUGUGAUCAAAUUGCACGGUAGCUCAACCGAUAGAGCAUUGCACUUCCAGUGCAAACGACCAGGGUACAAGUCCUGAAGAGUACACGAGUCAACACGUGAGCCGAAAGUGUCAUAGAAUCACCAAAAAAUUAUGUGGUUGCUUCAGCAAUUGCAUUUGUCAUCUCACAUUUGCUUUUUAUGGCACUAUUGGUUAGGUUUAGGUUUAAAGGAGCAAUAUGUAAUAUAUUUACUGUACUAAAGCAUAAAAUUAUAAUAAUAUGUUAUCAGAGAUUUAGGAAACAUGCUAAGUUAAAAUACUGGCUUUUCCGAAAACAAUGCUACAGCCAGUAUAUUCUACUUUGAAAUAUCUGUUUCGGGCCGGAAUUUCUGUUUGUGUUUUGGCCUGUGUGAUCCCGCCCACUGCUAUUUCCCAAUAGUAUUUAGACACCCCGGGUUGCCAGAUUUGAGACAAGUUAGCGGGCAAACACAGCGCGCUGCAGCCAUGGAAGCCAGCAAUACAUCUAGCUAACAUUGACAGAGUUAUAAAAAAUCCACAUGUGCUGGUUUAUAAUUUGCAAACAAUAAAAACAUUGCAAAUGUAUACAUCAGCUGAUCAACUUACAGUGUAAGGCUCAUUGCUUGCCAUUGUCAGUUUGCUCGUUCCUGUUGCGUGUCCUCAACCUGGCAACCUGCGUGAUCUUCGAGUCUGGAGAGGAGUGGGUGUGGGAGACAACUCUCUCCAAUAUUUUGAAUUUGGACUGCAGUACCCAUUUUAAAUGCUUGAUAUCAAUGUUACAUAUUGCUCCUUUAAGGUUUAGUUUAGAGAGGUCGGUUUUCUUUAUUUAAAACUCAAAAGAGUAUUAACCUUGAAAACCUCAACUGUUUGGGAGAACAUUUUACCGCUUUUAGUGCCACACGGUGGACAUUUCACAUGCCACAAUACAUGUAAUGAACUACGUAAUAUCGUUUUGCAAAAAUGUCGCCACAGUCACGUAAUUUUCAUGACUGUCACAGGACAGAACAUAGUCUAAGAGACCAAAUUUUUGUCAUAACUCAAUUUUAACAAAAUGUGUGUUUACUGUGUUUUGCUGUUGGAUGGCAGUAUGGUUCAAACCCAUUAUUACAUUAAGUAAAGUGUCUAUAAUGAACACUUCAUCCCCAUAAUUAAGCUUUAUUAGCAUACAGUUGUCGAUUGAAAUGUGGCUUUGAAAUAUUAAUCAUUCUUUUAUUGUGUUUUAAUGCUUCACAUGAGACAUAAUGGUGCAUUUGAAAGUAAAAUUGUGUUGGACUAACACAAGGCACUAACUAAAGGACAUUUGAUUAUUUUAAAAACAGGUUUAACUUUUUUUGUGAUUGACAGAUUCAGUCUGAGACCAAAUAUUGGGUGUGAUUUGAAAAAGAACCACAGACCACUAAGGACACAACACACCUACUUUGGAUUCAAUAUUCCGGCUGCUUCUUACUUCUUUAAUUUAGCCCUCCAUGGAGACAUUGGAUAAACGCUCGGAUAAAACACAGGAACUCAAUAUAUCCCACAUCUCCCAAUUGGAUUCUGCUGGGAAUGGCCCACACAGUUGUCCAAAUGCAUUGCCUUUUCUGUAAAACAGAUUUUUACACUGGAGUGUGCAAGCUGAGAAUCCCUAAAUGAUUUUGACACGGCUCAUUCCUGUAUGAUGUUCACUGGAACAUUCCCAUGUAUUUUAUGCUGUCUGGUGAUGUAUUUAUGACCUGCUGGUGUCAUGCAUACUGUGUAGGAGUCUUGCUGCUUUAAACCACUGCAACCAAACCUUAUGAUGGACCAAUGGCCAUUGCUGAAACCCAAGGACAUGUUCUCUGUUUAUACUGAAAACAGUGCCAAAAACACAUCAAAUUCUAUUUAAGGACUAAACACUUCUUAAUAUCUAGACAUGAAAAAUUCCUCUUCGGUAUGUCAAAAACUAUGAGAAAAGUCAAAUCCAUGUUUUAGUAAAAAAAAAAAAAAAAAAAAAAAAAAAAGAAA